CCCCGUCUAUUCGCGACGCCGUGUCCCGUGUGCUGCAGGGCUACGACUGGUCGCUUGUGCCCAUGCCCACGCGUGUUGCCGGUAACCCUAACGCCAAGCCGCACAUCAAGCGACCCAUGAAUGCCUUCAUGGUGUGGGCACAGGCAGCGAGGAAAAAGCUAGCAGAUCAGCACCCUCACCUGCACAACGCCGAACUCAGCAAGACGCUUGGCAGACUGUGGAAACUGUUGUCAGAUCCUGAGAAGCAGCCUUUCAUUGAGGAGGCUGAGAGGCUCCGCCAACAACACAAGAAAGACUACCCUGACUACAAGUACCAGCCAAGGCGCCGCAACAAGAAUAAACCCAGCAAGGGACCCCUGACUUCUGACCCAACCAUCUGCAAGGGCUCUCGCUCCCCUGGUGACACAGGCAGCGAAGAUGGUAGCGAGAGGUAUGCCAUGCACCCAACACCUCAGCAGGCAGGUCCCCCUACCCCACCGACCACACCCAAGGAAGAAGCCGAGCGUCUGAGUGGCCAGCCUCCGCAGAAGCGCAUGAAGUACAUUCAGCUGAAGGGGGAGCGGCAGCACCAGCAGCUACCCGUUGACCUGGCGGGUGUGGAUGUCCGUGACCUGAGCAGCGACAUGAUGGCUAACAUGGAUGGCCUGAUCAACGAAGAUCUAGACCGCUACCUCGUCACUAGCUCUGCCCAAGUCCAACACCCACAGGUUCCACCUCCACACAGUCCUAAGUGCAGCACUUACACCAUGAUGAACGUUUGCCAGAACAUUGCCCGAUCAGAGCAGUGGCUCAGCCGGCAGGGUGCCUCUCAAAUCCCAGUCUCUAGUGAGUUGAAGCUUGAAGACGAGAUGCUAUCACCAGAACAUCACUACACUGCAUCGCCUACCUCCAACCAGGUCCAGCCAUAUGACUACAGCAUGCAGCAUCAGUAUGCGGCAGAGUAUCCCACCAUGGCAGGCCAGUCAUAUGACUAUCCUCAGCAGCCUUCACAAGCUCACCAGGCGCAGUUAGGUUACUACACCAACAACCCAAACAGUCCUUCAGCAGCAUCCACACUACCUGCAUCCUACCAGUACCCUCAGCAGCAGACCUCACCAAAUCACACCUCCUACAGCCUCCUUGAAAGUGCUCAACCUGUCCUCUCUGAGUCGCGCACAUGGGAGGCCUACCAACAAAACCACGCCAGGUCCUGGGAGGACCAGACUGUACGCUCUGCUGAGAAACCAUGUAAAAGAAGUCCCAUCAACUAACUCUUGAUGUGCAGGAAGGCCAAUCAACUAACUUAUUCAAGAAGCAUUUCAACUACGUUCUGCCAUGUUUACUUGAAGAACUGAUGUACAUAAGACACUUUAUUUAAACAUGCUGUGCAUGUCCAACUAUUUCCUUUUCUGAACAUUUCCCAUUAUUUACCAUGUUGUAAAAGAAUGUCUUGUAAUGUACAAAGCUGCCAUGUAAAUAGUUUUCCUUUUUAAAGGGUUACCCCAGCUGGGUUUAUCAGUGAAUCACACACCAAAUCUCGAGCAGAGAUGAUGCACAGAUGCCUCAUAGCAUUUAGCAACUGAUAGGUAUAUGAUGCUAUCAUAUUCAUGGGUGCUUUCAAAGAAGCUUGUUGCGAGUUUGAACUAAAAUGUCCUUACUCUUGCAGCAAUGCAUCCUUUGUAAUGUACAAUUGAAAUUAUGCAAAGACCAGCAAGAAUCAUGGUUUCUGGUAAUCUGGUUACCCUCGGUUAUUUACAUGUGAUAUUCCACAUUGAGGAAACAUGUCACUUUUAUUCCAAUUAAUUGUUACGAAGAAAUGUCUUCCUUGUCCUUGGACCAAACAGGCCUUGAGUAUUGACUGUUUCAGGCAUUUUUCACUUUUGAUAAGAAAAAUUAUGUUUUGACUUUUAAACUUUUGCAAGUUCACUCCCAUUUUAACAACUGUCUUCCUUAAAUGGUUUUUUUUUCAUCUGAUGGUAUGGCAUUGGAAAUCUUACAAAAAUUCCAUUUUUAAGGAGUUCACAAUUUCUCUGUUAUUUAUAGACUAGCAAUUUAUGGAAACUGCAUAAGCCGCUUCCAUUUUCCAUAGUAAGCAUAUCACACAGCAGAAAUUGAAUAUUUUCAUUCUAUAUUUUGAUGGGAAGGAAACUUUGUGUGUUUUUUAUAUCACAGAUUGUAUAUUUUUAAAGAUGUUUUGAUACUUUUUUGAUAUUUACAGAAAACUGAGUGGUUGAGGAUUAAGCCCACAUGCAUGUACAAAGUAACAAAAAGUAAGAAUUUUUUUUAUAGGAAAAGAGCUAUUUUGAAAUGGUGGAUGUGUUGUCUGAAGUUUUUAGUCAUUGUAAAUAGCUGAAGGUGGGCCAAUUAAAAUUUAAUUAUUGUACUUGUA